ACAUCUCCUUCUUCUCAGCAGAGAAGGGAUAAUAUCCCCAACCCUCUUCACUACAUUGCAGCUGCCUGAUCUCAGCUCAGAGGAGAUGGCAGAGGGAAAUCACUCGGUGGUGACUGAGUUCAUUCUCACAGGACUGACAGAUCGUCCGGAGCUGCAGGUUCCCCUGUUUGUGUUGUUCCUACUGAUUUAUCUUAUCACCCUGGUGUGCAACGGGGGGAUGAUCUUCUUAAUCACGACAGACCCCCGACUCUACACCCCCAUGUACUUUUUCCUCCGCAAUUUGUCUUUCUGUGAUCUCUGCUUAUCCUCGACAAUUGCCCCUAAAAUGCUGCAGAAUUUCUUAGCCAAGAGGAAAAGUAUUUCUCACGGUGCCUGUGCUGUGCAAAUGUAUUUGUUUCUUCUUUGUGCCGAUAUUGAGUGUUUCUUGCUGGCUGUGAUGGCCUAUGACCGUUAUGUGGCCAUCUGUAACCCAUUGCUCUAUACAGUCACCAUGUCCAAACAGCGCUGCAACCAGCUGCUGGGUGGGGUGUGUGUUCUGGGAUUGGUGGAUGCAAUGAUACACACGUGUCUGACAUUUCAGCUGUCUUUCUGCAGCUCCAAUAUCAUCAAUCAUUUCUUCUGUGAUAUUCCUCCACUAUUGGCUCUCUCCUGCUCUGACACCCACAUCAAUGAGAUUGUGCUGUUUGCCCUUACAUGCUUCAUUAAUCUGAAUAGCGCUGUAACAAUUCUCUCUUAUAUCUAUAUCUGCUCGGCCAUCCUGCGGAUCCGCACUGCCGAAGGCCGACGCAAAGCCUUCUCUACAUGCAGUUUCCACUUGACUGCAGUGGUCAUAUUAUAUGGCACAGGCCUUUUUAUAUAUUUCCGACCCAAUUCCAGCUAUUCCAUGGACACAGACAAGGUAGCCCCAGUGUUCUACACGCUGGUGAUCCCCAUGUUGAACCCCCUCAUCUACAGCCUGAGGAACAGGGAGGUGAAGGACGCUCUGAGGAAAGCCAUGAACAAACUCCUAACCAAUUCCUGA